AUGAUUUCAACGGAUUUACCAUUCGAUUUUAACAACUUACAAUUUCCAGUAUGUCUGGCUUUUGCGAUGACCCUAAAUAAAUCGCAAGGACAGUCGUUAGAAGUUUGCGGAAUCAAUUUAGAGUUUCCCUGUUUCGCGCAUGGACGUCGCGUGUUCGCGCGCCGGAAAACCGUCUUUUUGUUUAUAUACGCACCACAAAACAAAAAAACGAUAGUUUAUGAGAAAGCUUUAAAUUGA